UGAGAGUGUAUAUGAACUCUUGUGGUUGUUGUUCAUGAAUUAGACCAUGUUGAAUGUGUUUUACUUGUCAAAGUACAGAAAGACAGUUCUGCUCACAUAUCGGUGGUCCACUUCUCCUCCCUUGAGCGUGGUUAGGAAGUCUGUCUGUGUCAGCAGUUUUCAUGUGAAAUCUGUGUUUUGUCCCUCUCUCUUUCUUCUUCAUGGCAUUUCCACUUUCCUUUUGCAUUACCCGUCACAUUUCUUUUCACUUUAAUGGUUUAUUCUUGUCCAUUUUUCCUUAUUCUCUCCUUGUACCCCAUGUGCUUAUUCCCUGUGUUCCACUCUUUCUUGUCAUCUCUCCACUUCUUGCUCCUCAUCUCUUCAUCAUUCACAUCAUGCCCGCAGAGGAGGUGCAGAAAUUGCAGAAGCACCUUGCUCUGCUGAGGCAGGAGUAUGUGAAGAUGCAGCAGAAGCUGGUGGAGACGGAGAGGCGGUGCUCCGUGUUAGCGGCCCAGGCCUCUCUCCCCGGCUCCACCUCCCAGGCCAGUGACUCCUUCAUCAGCCGCCUGCUGGCCAUCGUGGCUGACCUUUAUCAGCAGGAGCAGUACAGUGAUCUGAAUGUGAAGAUUGGAGAGCAGAGGCUCAGUGCUCAUAAAUUCGUGCUGGCUUCUCGGAGUGAAAUCUGGAGCUUAGCCAACCUGGCCUCCACCUCAGAACUGGACCUCUCAGAUGCCAAACCAGAGGUUGCCAUGGCAAUGCUGCGCUGGGCGUACACGGAUGAUCUGGAGUUGAGUGGAGACGAUGGCUUCCUCAUCAACCUGAUGAAGCUGGCCAACCGCUUCCAGCUCCAUCUUCUGCGAGAAAGAUGUGAGAAAGGAGUGAUGUCAUCAGUGAACGUGAGGAACUGUAUCAGAUUCUACCAGACAGCUGAAGAGCUGGACGCCACAACAUUGAUGAACUAUUGUGGAGAAAUCAUUGCCAGUCACUGGGAUGAUCUUCGGAAAGAGGACUUCAGUACCAUGGAUGCUCAGCUGCUCUAUAAGAUGAUCAAAUCCAAGACCGAGUACCCCCUUCACAAAGCAAUUAAAGUAGAACGAGAAGAUGUGGUCUUCCUUUAUCUAAUAGAGAUGGAUGCCCAGUUACCUGGAAAGCUGAAUGAGCUGGACAAUAAUGGAGACUUGGCACUGGAUCUGGCUCUGUCCAAGAAGCUGGAGAGCAUCGCCACCACACUGGUCAACAACAAGGCAGAUGUAGACAUGGUGGACCAGAGCGGCUGGAGUCUUCUACACAAGGCCAUCCAGAGAGGAGAUGAGUUUGCCUCCACUUUUCUGAUCCGUCACUCCGCACAGGUGAACGCUGCCACAGUGGGGUCAGUGGAGACGCCUCUGCACCUGGUCUGCUCUUUCAGCCCUAAAAAACACAGUGGUGAAGUUAUGGCUGGCAUGGCCCACAUCGCUGAAGCUCUGCUCAAAGCUGGUGCCAACCCAAACAUGCAAAACAGCAAAGGACGGACGCCAUUGCAUGAGGCUGUGGUGUCAGGAAAUGAGCCGGUCUUUAACCAGCUGCUGCAAUGCAAACAUUUGGACCUGGAGCUGAAAGACCAUGAAGGCAGCACUGCACUGUGGCUGGCUCUGCAGUACAUCACUGUGGCCUCUGACCCCUCCGUCAACCCUUUUGAAGAUGAAGCUCCUGUUGUGAAUGGAACCUCAUUUGACGAGAACAGUUUGGCAGCAUGGCUCAUACAGAGAGGGAGCAAUCCUGAUGCACCAGACGCCAACGGUAACUGCCUCAUGCAGAAAGCAGCUAUCACAGGAAGUGAAGCAGCCGCUAUCUUCUUGGCCACACAUGGAGCUAAAGUUAAUCAUCCUAACAAAUGGGGUGAGACCCCACUCCAUACGGCUUGCCGAUAUGGCUUGGCAGGGCUAACAGCAGAGUUGCUCCAGCAGGGGGCGAAUCCUAACCUGCAGACUGACAGCACUCUGCCUGAUGGAGUCGAGAAAAGCCAAGGAGUCUCCUUGCAAAGUCCGCUCCACCUGGCCAUCAUUCACAACCAUCCAGAUGUAGUGUCUGUCAUACUAGAGCAGAAAGCCAAUGCACUACAUGCCACCAACAACCUGCAGAUCAUCCCUGACUUCAGUUUGAAAGACUCAAUGGAUCAGACCGUUCUGGGUCUCGCACUCUGGACUGGUAUGCACACUAUCGCCGCACAGCUGCUGGGUUCUGGAGCAGCCAUUAAUGACACCAUGUCUGAUGGACAGACGCUACUGCACAUGGCCAUAAAGAGACAGGACAGCAAGAGCGCCCUCUUCCUGCUGGAGCACCAGGCUGACAUCAACGUCAGGACCCAGGAGGGGCAGACGGCUUUACAGUUGGCCAUCAGUAACCAGCUUCCUUUAGUAGUGGACGCCAUCUGCACAAGAGGAGCAGACAUGUCAGUGGUGGAUGAGAAGGGUGAUCCUCCACUCUGGCUGGCUCUAGAAAAUGGUUUGGAGGACAUAGCUUCCACAUUGGUCAGGCACGGGUGUGAUGCAACCUGUUGGAGUUCAGGGCCUGGAGGAUGUCAUCAGACUCUUCUCCACAGAGCCAUCGAUGAGAACAACGAGAUCACUGCCUGCUUCCUUAUACGCAGUGGCUGUGAUGUGAACAGCCCGAGGAGGCCUGGUCCUAAUGGUGAGGGAGAUGAGGUGGCGAGAGAUGGACAGAGCCCACUGCAUCUGGCUGCAUCCUGGGGUCUGGAGGAGGUGGCACAGUGCCUUUUGGAGUUCGGAGCCAAUGUGAAUGCACAGGAUUCAGAGGGUCGUGCUCCCAUCCAUGUCUCCAUCAGCAACCAGCAAAGUGUCAUCAUCCAGCUGCUCAUCUCCCACCCAGAAAUCCGGUUGAAUAUUCGAGACAGACAAGGCAUGACACCAUUUGCCUGUGCCAUGACCCAUAAGAACAAUAAGGCUGCCGAAGCCAUCCUCAAGAGAGAGCCUGGCGCUGCUGAACAGGUGGACAACAAAGGUCGCAACUUCCUGCAUGUUGCCGUGCAGAACUCAGACAUAGAGAGUGUGCUCUUUCUCAUUAGUGUACAGGCCAACGUGAACUCCAGAGUGCAGGACAGUGCCAAACUUUCUCCUCUACACCUGGCCGUACAGGCGGGAUCAGAGAUAAUUGUCAGAAAUCUGCUCUUGGCUGGUGCUAAAGUAAAUGAGUUGACCAAGCAUCGUCAGACAGCGCUGCAUCUCGCUGCACAACAGGAUCUUUCCACAAUCUGCUCUGUCCUGAUCGAGAAUGGCGUUGAUUUUGCUGCAGUAGAUGAGAAUGGAAACAAUGCACUUCAUCUGGCCGUGAUGCAGGGGCGUCUGAAUAAUGUGCGUGCUCUACUCACCGAGUCCAACAUAGAUGCAGAGGCCUUUAAUCUCAGAGGUCAAUCUCCCAUGCAUGUCCUUGGCCAGUAUGGGAAGGAGAACGCAGCAGCCAUCUUUGAGCUGUUUUUGGAAUGCAUGCCUGAGUAUCCCCUGGAUAAACCCGACAAUGAAGGGUACACAGUGCUUCUGUUGGCAUACAUGAAAGGAAACGCUAACCUGUGUCGUGCCAUUGUGAGGGCUGGAGCUCGACUUGGCGUCAAUAACAACCAGGGCAUCAACAUCUUCAACUAUCAAGUUGCCACUAAGCAGCUUCUGUUCCGUCUACUAGAUAUGCUAUCCAAAGAGCCCCCGUGGUGUGAUGGUUCAAACUGUUAUGAAUGUAUGACCAAAUUUGGAGUCACCACCAGGAAACAUCACUGCCGCCAUUGUGGGCGUCUGCUCUGCCAUAAGUGCUCUAUAAAGGAGAUCCCCAUCAUCAAAUUUGACCUGAACAAACCUGUGCGUGUAUGCGACAUCUGCUUUGAUGUGCUGACAUUGGGUGGCGUGUCCUAAUGGACUGGAGAAGCACGGGCAGACGGGCACCAGCCGAGCUGACCGUGAACCUACGGGCUGGGCCUGGGAGGAUGAAGAAAUGGAGUAAGACACAAAGAGAGGAGGAGCCCUUGAACAAAACCAUUCCAUUCUUGUCAAAGGAAAAAAUACAACCAUAACAAGUGUGUUUGUUCUAGCAGUACAUUUUAGAACCAAACUAUUAUGUGUCGAGGAUCCAGAUUAAAACUUGUGGAAUGCAGAUGCAAAUGAAAAUUGUAGUUCCGAAGUUCAGCUUUUGGCAAAAACCAAGUGUGAUAUGAGAAGGGCAACUGUUAUUUACUACUAAAAAAGAUCCAUAGGGGUUUUUGACAGGGCUAAUGUGCUAUAUGGACACUAUAUGAUUAUUAUUAGUACUUCAUUUUCCAUAAGUAUGAUGAGUCUAAUGCAUGACUGAACAUGCAAUCAUGCCAUCAGUAGGCCUACUUGAAUUGACUUGACUUUUUUUUACAGAUAGUUCGAACCCAGUUGGAGGUAGAUGCAGCGUCUUGUGAACAUUUCAAGGAAGUUUGUUUGGUGUGAAAUGCUGCUGGAUAUGAAGGCAUCUGUGAAAGGUAGCCAUGUUUAAGUAGUGUGAAGCCUUAAUCAUACUGUGCAGGGUCUUUCAGUUGUUGUAUUGAGGUUUUUAACACAUUUUAACCUCUGUGGAAGGACAUUUCUCUUUCUCUGGAGUUCAAAUCAAAAGAAAGAGAUGGAGAAAUGUACCUUGCUUGGUUAAUGUUGUGUUCUUAGUAAUAUUAGUAAACUUAAUCAUUUAUUAAUCUGCAUAUUCAGUGGACUUUAUUUUAACCGAUCCAUUAGUUUACAUCAUACUAAAAUUUGAGAAACACUUCAGAUGUGGAUUUCAAAUCGUUUCUUGUGAUUCUAUUAAGCUAGACAGGUGCAGAAAUACAAGUUCGGAAUUCUGAUAUACUUAGUUACUAUGCAUAUGCAUGACAUCAUCUGUAGCCUAUUGUUAGUCAUCAUUGCAUCAUAAUCACACUUUAUUCAUUUCUGAUCACCAAAGGAUACAUUCCAGUUAACAUUUGCUCUGCAAGCUAGCGCUGGGGGAGCUGCUCGCUUGAUCGUUGUUUUCGAGAACUCUUUCAAAAGUCUUUUUGGUGGCGUAACGCAUCGCAUUAUGUUGACCUAUCAUUUUUAAAUGCUUUUUCAUGUCCAUG